CAUCGGACCUUAUUUGUCAGCUUGGAUCACGUGAUCCAUCCAGCUGCCGCGUGCGGCAAACAGCCCAAAUAGCGCUAACUCUGGCCUGCGAGCGUUUGCUGCGACUAGCGCGCUAGCGCUCUUGACAUACACAAACGCGCUAGCCAGAAUGCUUUGACUUUGAUGGCUUUCAGCUUCUAUUUUUUGAAAAGUAGCGCGCUCAGACCAGCUCGCUCACUCUUUUCCUCUUCCAUUUUUUAGGGCAAUUGUUUUGUUUGAUAGACGAAGCUUAGGGUCUCUUUGGGUUUGCAACCCUUACCCUCCUGGAAAAAAUCAUAGUUGCUAGACUGCGACACUUCAGACCAGGUACUAUUAGAGCCGCUAAUGGACGACGAGCUAUUUUCCGCUAUCCGGAGCUCAAGCAUUUGAGCCGCUAAAUGGACGAGACUCCUGCGGCAAAGGAUGCAGAGAAUGAGGAGAAAACACUCGUAUGGAGCAGGGAGUAGGUAUUGUACUACUUCCUGGUAUGGAGCACUGAGAAGCGCAAUGUGCAACAGAAAUUACCAUGGUGAUACAGUAGAUUACCGUGUGAAGCGGUGUGAGAUGCAGCAAAGCAUUAGGCGAUUUGAUCGCAGGACAAGAGAGGAGCUGAUGGACGAUCUCUCCAGUGUCCCUCUUGGUUCGGAGCAGCGCCGAGUGCUGACGUUGGGACUUGGCUGCCUCAGGGGGUGCCACUUCUCCCAUCAGCGUCGACUAGUCCGCCGAUCUCACUCAGCUCUGCUCUCCGAGCAUUCUGCUUCCAACACGACUUCCCGAAAGAAAAUGUGCUCGCGCAUUAGAAGGAGGUGAAAGAUGCACCUGCAGGCGAAUACAUGCUUAAGAGAAGGCAGAAACAUGCCCGGAUCCACCAGAACUAGUGCUGGCAAGUCAACAGAGGCGAGUACUGAUAAUGUUCCAGAUUGUGGUAGGAUCACAUAAGCAAAAUUGCCACUGGGAGGCACGGCGGUGGGUCAGCUCAUGGCCAGCGCCAGCUCCAGUGGAUAUCACGUGCAUCCAGUUCUAGUACUAUAGUAUGACCGCUACAAAGUAGUG